CAUCCUGAGCGAAGGCACCAUGGCAGCGAUGCAGCGACGACUUGUGCACAAGCAGUUCAACUCGCCGAUCAAUCUGUACUCGCAGAAAAACAUCCAGGAAACGCUCGACCGCGAACUGAAGCUCCUGUCGAAUGGUGCCGUCGGAAUCGACUUCGAUGACCCAUCGACGACCAAGCCACCGAGCCUGGCCAAAUCGGCCGUGCUUGCCGCCCUCGAGGAGGAGGAACGUGAAAAGUCUCGCGGCACUGGUUUGAAGCGCGUUGCUUGGCCUCCACCAGCUGAGGGUCCCGAGUACGAGGUACAUCCAUCACAGCAGAAACAACACGCGGUAGGUCAGCAAAUCCCGCCGCAGCAACAGCAACAGCAGCAGUUCCAGCCGCAACAAUUCUACCAACAAACGAACCCUCAACAGCAGCAAUACCAACCGGCUUAUCAGCAAACGAGCUUUCCACCACAGCAGCAGCAGCAACACCCGCAUCAGCCGGUGGAAAGAAUCGUUCCCAUUCAAAGGCCUGAAGCUCAACACCAGCAACCGCUAGCGCCACAAUAUCAGAAUCCGCUCGAGCAGCAACCGUACCAACCGCAGCCCACUGAAGCUUUCCAACCGCUGACGGCACAACAGCAACAACCACUGUACCAACCAGCGCAGCCACAGCAGCAGCAGUUGCCACCGACACUGAUCACAACACUACGCAAAGAACCACCAAUGUCUCAGGAGCCCGCUCCCGUCUAUCAGACGCAACCGGUUGCUGCUAUUUAUCAAGGAGGUAGCAAUAUGCGCGGAGAUCAAAAGUGGCCCCCGGAGGAAUACAAGCGCCAGUCGGAGGUGGAUAAUGAGGAACGCCGUAAGCUAGCCCAGCAGCCAGCGUUUCGUCCACGCCGCCAGCAAAAGGACUAUGCCGACUUCUUUGCGAAGAAUGCACUGAACAACACCUACCCUGGCUACCGGGCACCACCAGGAACGCAACACCACGCCUAAACCAACGCGAACUUAUCAUCUCCUAAAGUGUAGCCCGAAGUUCCUC